GAACCUCUGGAAUGGAUGGACUCUUCCUGAGCAGUUUUGCUAAUUUGCAGCAGCUGGACAGUGUUCCUCACUGAUACCUGUCUGUCGGCCUAAUCGUCACAUCCUCUCUCUGCUCUUGAGCCUAGUGGGCCUCUAGGCAAGAUGUCCCUGCCCAUCAGGAUGUACUGCCGGGCAUUCAGCUAUGAUGAUGCCCUCGAGGACCCUACGCCCAUGACUCCUCCUCCAUCGGACAUGGGCAGCAUCCCCUGGAAGCCAGUGAUUCCAGAGCGCAAGUAUCAGCACCUCGCCAAGGUGGAGGAGGGAGAGCCCGGCGUCUCCCCGCGAGCCCUGGCCCCGCUGUCGGCCAGCGACAGUGAGAAGGCCCCUGUGGUGAAGGCCAAAGCUACCCAUGUCAUCAUGAGCUCUUUGAUCACAAAACAGACCCAGGAGAGCAUUCAGCGUUUUGAGCAACAGGCAGGGCUGCGAGAUGCUGGCUACACCCCUCACAAGGGCCUCACCACUGAGGAGACCAAGUACCUUCGAGUGGCAGAAGCACUCCACAAACUAAAGCUCCAGAGUGGAGCAAGAGAGGAGAGGCAGCCAGCCUCCAUGCAGUCCACCCCCAGCAGCAGUCCCCAGGCCUCUCCUAAGCAGAAGACCAGAGGCUGGUUCACUUCUGGUUCUUCCACAGCCUUAUCUGGCCCCAGUCUUAGCACCAUGGAUUCUGGAAGCGGGGAUAAAGACAGAAGCUCAACCGAUAAAUGGAGCCUCUUUGGACCAAGAUCACUCCAGAAGUCUGAGUCAGGAGGCUUUGCCAUCCAGGCCUACCAAGGAGCUCAGAAGCCUUCUCCAAUGGAAGUGAUGCGCGCACAAGCCGCCCGGAGCAGGGAGGAGCCAGCAGCGUCCAAGCCGCCCAAGAUGGACAUCCCGGUGACGGAAGGGACGAGACAGCUGCCGCGGGCCCACAGCCUCAAGCCCCGCGACCUGAAUGUUCUCACACCCACUGGCUUCUAG